AACAACAUUAAGAAGAAGUCUCCAAACUUGACUUGACCAUUUCCAUUAUGUUGGUUAAGUCCUAAAUGCUCAAACACAGCGUAACCAACGCCAAGUCUUUCUCAGGAAUCUUCUCAAGAAUCUUUGUUGAUUUUUUGGUAAGUUGCAACGGAAUUGUUAUGGUGUAUCGCUGUGUUGGACAUACACAACUUCCUUUCACCGACGUCCAAACGGAGGUAUGAGAGGCAGAGGAUUGAAGAUCAGAAUGCCAUCCAUUGGCAAUGAUCUAGUGAAGCAAGAUUUUUCUCCACCUAACAUGGAUGAUAUUCAGCGGUGGAUGGCAGCCGCUUUUGAUUUGGCUACAGAGGCUUUGGAAAAUGGUGAAGUACCUGUUGGUUGUCUCAUGGUAUACAGAAAUGAGGUUCUUGGCAAAGGAGGAAAUGAAGUGAAUGACACCAAAAAUGCAACUCGCCAUGCAGAGAUGGUGGCCUUUGAUCAUGUGGUGGAGUGGUGUUGUUCUAGAGAUCUUAAUCUCAAUCAGGUCUGUGCACAGACCACACUCUAUGUGACUGUUGAGCCCUGCAUCAUGUGUUCCUCAGCUCUGCGCUUACUCAAUAUCCCCCUGAUUGUGUACGGCUGCAGGAAUGAAAGGUUUGGUGGCUGUGGCUCUGUUCUUAGCAUUGCCUCAGACGAUGAACUGCUCACUGGCUCAUCCUUUAAGUGUAUUUCUGGCUAUCAAGCAGAGGAGGCGGUUGAAAUGCUCAAAAGAUUUUACAAGCAAGAAAAUCCAAACGCUCCAAAAUGUAAGGUGAGGAAAGUCUAGACAUGAUGCUGAUUGUGGGCUGUGAUUAUCCAGCAGUGGAGCCAAAGCACAGCACAAGCAUCAGUGGACAUCUUUCAAGACCACCGGCUUUCAACAACCCUAAUAGUAACUUUAGGACUUUGUAUAUGGAGAAAAGCCAUCUGGUAGGUGGGUAUUGAGUCUAAAAGAUAAUCCUAAGAAGGCUUUUUGAUCCAGUUUCACCUAAUAAAACAAAUAGUUUUCAUUA